AUGGCCGGGACUGGCGGGACCAAGACAUUCUGUAGCGUGUGUAAUCUGAUGUUGAAUUCCUACGACCAGUUUGUGGUUCACCAGGCAGGCAAAUCUCACCAACGUAAAGUGGCCGCAGGACCAUCUGCUGUCCCAACGCCAACAGCGCCGGUGACAAAGAUAGUGAGAGCAAAACCUUUCAUUCGCUUUGUGUCAAGUCAAGAAGGUGGCACCUCAGAGUCAUCUCAGAAUAAUACUGAGGUUAUGAAUGUUGAAACUGGUCAGGCUGACAGUUCAUGUCCCGAGGGGACAGCCGUAUUUAAGAAGAAUGAGCUGUUCUGCAGUAUCUGUGUGGUCAAGCUGACAUCCCAGGCCCUGGCUGACAUGCAUUAUGCAGGGGCCAAACACAGAAGGGCAGUCUCCCUGGCAGGUCGAUCUGGGGGUGCAAAUGUUGCUGAAAACAUCAAGAGGAAGUUUGAGGAAAUCUGUGAGGUCUGCAAUGUGCCACUGAUAUCAAAGGUUGUUGCUGAAGCUCAUUAUGCUGGGGCCAAACAUGAAAAGAAGCUCAGGUUGUCCCAAAAUAUAAAUACUGCAGAUCCAUGUCCAACAUUUGGUGGAAGCACACUUCAGCCAGCUUGCAUAGGUGCGCCAGGUGGGCAACAACAGAAGAAGGCCCUAACGGACACAUUCUAUUGUCAUUUUUGUAAAGUCGCCCUGAACUCACAGAUGCAGUUGGAUGCACAUUAUCAAGGAACAAAGCACAAGAAUGCUGUCAAUGGAAUCCCACCACAGCGGAAGAAGCCAUUCACCCCUCGACCAUCACAGGAAACACCAUAUACUCCCAGACCACCUCUCCUGGAAGAGAGAUUUCCUAACCCCGGUCAUCACUACCAGGCAGGCAAUUUUGGAAGCCCUGGUGGAUUUGGAAACUCAAACAACUUUGGAAACCCAAAUCCACAAAUGCCAUUUAGGCCCAUGGCACCUUCAAUGUUAUACCCACAGUACUGA